CCAAGCAUGUCGGAUGAAAACAACAAUGAUCUUGCAUUGCAGAUCACCAAUCUCCUCAAAAAUAGUAUCAACAACCAAACUCAACCCCAAAAACAGAGCCUUUCCGACUCUUUAAAAAUCAGCCUCAAACUGAAUAGUCAGAACUAUGCCUUGUGGUCUCGAAUGAUUCGAGUCGCAAUCGGCGGCAAAUCGAAGCAUCUCUUGAGCCAUUUAACGGGAGAUCCGAAACCUCCGGAGCCAAACGACACCCAAUACGAACAAUGGGAACAAGAUGACUUAGUCGUGUUCUCAUGGUUGAUUCAGAAUAUCGAACCCGCCCUAGCCAGUAACCUAACCGAAUUCCCGACAGCCAAAACACUGUGGGAUGCGUUAGUCACAACAUACAGUAGCGGGAAAGACAAACUCCAAACCUUUGAUCUUCACGUAAAAUCGAACGGUAUUAAACAGAAUGGUUCCCCGUUGGAGGAUUUCUGGAUCAUUAUGCAGGGAGUUUGGGGAGAGAUUGAAAGGAGAGACCCGAACCCUAUGACGUGUGCUGCUGACAUAGCCACAUACAACAAACUCCGGUCAGAACAGAAGCUUUUCCAGUUCUUGAACGCCCUUGACCGACAAUAUGACCCGAUAAAGAGGGAGAUUCUCCGGUGGGACCCGCUACCCUCGGCUGAAGGCGCCUACGCCGCCGUUCGGAAAGAAAUGGCACAUCAGGGAAUCUUAGGAACCAAUGAUAACUCAUCUUCCCCAAGCGGUGUGGCGGCAGGAUUGAAUACCAACAGGUCAUCUGAACCAGAAAGUCUAGGUUUUUUGACGAAAGGGCGAACGAACCAGAAAAACUCUACUCUUGGAUCAUCAUCCCGGAUUGACAAAACGAAACUUAAAUGCGAUCAUUGUGGCAAAAAUAAACACACCAAGAGCCAGUGCUUUGAACUCGUCGGCUAUCCAGAAUGGUGGAACGACGCCUGA